GUAAGACAUGAAGCCUGCUAACCCACGAUUUCGAAUUCUCUAUGCUGUAUGGGCUCUGUUGGAAUGCCUUGGAUUUGGUGGUCUUAUCUACGGAUGGGGAUCCCUUGUAUACAUUUUAAAAGAUGAAGGACUGUAUUAUGACCUUUGUUCGUCAUCAAAUUUAUCCACAGAGACUAAUUCAUCAGUUUUGUUAGCUGCAACGUCAAAUGCCUCCAGCUCUUCAAAUGCAUCAGAUGAAAACAAAGGGUAAGAAAUUUAAAUCCUGACUUUCUACUAACCCAUUUGUUCAGAUGAUUUAAAUCAAUCAAUUUAAAUUUUUUGUUAAAAUCUAUAAUUUAUAUUUAGAGGCACUUUCUAAAUACAAAUCCAGUUUGUUUUUAUGUAUUACAAGUAACAUAAUAUAUCAAUUCUUUAUCUUUAAUUAUUUUUGCAUAAUUUGAUAAUUCUUGUUGACAUAAUUGUUUAUUCAAUUUACCUUUUGUAUUUUUAGAUAUUAGAAAUCAACUUGGGGUUGAGUGACAAAGCUGGAAAAUUAGUUUUUCAAUUCAAAUUAUUUAAUCAAUUGACUUUGGUGGAAUCAAAUGACAUUGACCGAUGACAAUAUUAUGACAUUGAAAUUGAUAAUUUUAAAGUGUGAAAAUUAGAUAGAGACUAAAAUAUUAGAUAACUAUCGUUGAUUUUAAGUUAAAGAAUCUUUUAAAAAAUUUAGUUAUUAUAAUUUAAUAUUAUUAAAAUAAAAUGAGGAAAUUCAAGUUUGGAAUAAAAAAAUAUUUAAACAUUUAAAAUUUCCUCUCCAUUGAUGAUUAUUAUAGUAAACUAGCCGAUAUAACCGGCAUGGUCCGGGAUUGCUUUAGGAUCCCUCCCAAUCCUGAUGCAGUCCUGCUUCUCUGUGUAAUCUCGAUGACAUCCCGUUCCCCGGUGGGAUUGCUUAACCGAUGGGUUCUAGUUUGCUGUUGGAUCUCUUCCCCAUUAGGAUCUUGUUCCUAUAUGGCACCAUUCUCAUUGCGAUUUGGUUCGAAUAAGCUUUUAGAUCCCAUUAUAUAUCCCCGGAGAACAAUAAAGAACCUUCUGGAACAUUCUAGAUAAAAAUUAUUAUCCUUGAAACGGGUACAAAAAAAAUUUCUAGGUAAUUUUUUCUCAAAUGCGAAAUAUUAUACACCUUAAUUGAAAUACUAUAACUUAUAACUAUAGUACAUUUAAAAUGAAAUGGGGGCCCCGGUGGGGGCCCAUUUAAUAAAGUACUGUUUAAGUUAUGUCUGAGAUUUGGUGGGGGCCCUAUAAAAAUCCUUAAGAUAAAUUAUAGAGUUAAGAUUUAAAAUUUGUCCCAUUAAAAUUGGUUUAAAAAUAUCAUAAUUAUAGCUUUUUAAAAUUAUGGAACUUUCUAGAAAAUUCUAGAUCGGCCCUGCAUGGAUUGGAUAUUAUUGUUUUCAAUCCACCGAUAUUUCAAUACAGACAAUGAAGUGUAUUGCUACCACUCUAGGCUUAAAAUCAUCAAUUCACAUAGAAACUAUAGUCUUGUCUAAGCAUAUUGAUAUUUAUAUAGCUUCAAUAAGGAAAAAUUAAAUGGGGCCCCUGGCCCCAGAAGGGUGGAUAUUAUGAGCUCAGUACCCUUCAGUAUUUGAAUAUUGAUAAUCAAGUAUAUGUGUACUAAGUCUGGUCAAGAUCCAUCCACUCAUGUAGUAGUACUAAGCCUAUUGAUAUUUAUAAAGCUUAUAUAAGAAAAAAUAAAACGGGGCCCCCGGCCCCAGAGGAAUGGAUAUUAUGAGUUGUAUACCCUUCGGUAUUUUAACAUGGAUAAUAAAGUGUAUGUAUAUUAAGUUUUGUCAAGAUCCAUCUAUUCGUGUUGGAAUAUUUGUUGUUAAUUUUAUUUAUAAACCUCAUAUAAGGGAAAAAACGAAUUUUUGGCCCCCUGCCCCAAACAGAAUGUUAUAAAAAGUUCAUAACCCCUUGAGUUCCUUCUGGAUCAUGAUGGAUACAUGUGCCAAGUUUGCUCAAGAUCCAUCAAUCCAUGUAAAAACGUAUGUGGAACAAAUCCAGCCAGCCAGCCACAAACAAACUAACUUUCACUUUUAUAUAUAUAUAUUAUAUGAUAUGAUAUAUGAUUGGAGCGAAUUUCUUAAGAAAGCAUCAUUGUACAAUUGUUUUUACAUUUUAUAUAUUUACAAACUACCUAGACAAAUGCUUAAAGAGGUAUAUUAUUUUAUUUUCAGUUUUCAAUCACACAAUAAUUCUUGUCUUGAAAUGGAUGACCGGCUGUCACUGGUAUUUACCAUUGGUGCAGCAAUGUUUUGUGUGGGAUGCUUCCUUAUGGGUCAAGUUAACUACAAAUUUGGAACACGUAUCUCAAGAAUUGGAGCCACGUAAUACAUCCUGCCAUAAUCAUAAACCAUCCUAAAUAGUUGUACAUUUAUACUGCAUUCUUAGAUAAAUACUAGUAGAAUACCGAAAGAUGAGUAUAUGUAAUCCCAAAAUGCAUGAUCAUAAUAUUUUCAUUUUAUAAGGUCAAAGAUUAGACUUUGAAAUAUUUACUAAUUAAUGGUGAGGAUAAAUGGCUUAUUUUAUUACUUAUUUUUUAGAAUAAGAAAACCAAAUUUUGUUUAUUGUGUUUAGAGCUACACUUUUAUUGAUACUUUUUAAUUCACUUGUUUUCCAGUGCCUUGUUUUUUGUUGGGUCAUUGAUGAUAGCAUUUACAUCAAAUGGUAAGAACUUCUCUAAGGUUUACUGCCUUUGAAAGAAUGUCCCAAAUUAAGCUUUUUGUCAAAUUUUCAAGACAAAGAGACCCUUUGAUAGCUUUCCAGAAGCACUGAUUCUGUGAAAGAGAAAAAAUCCUAUCUUAACAUCUUUAUGAAUUGAAUUAAACAUUUAAGAGAUAAAAAUAAUAAAUAGAAACAAAUUCUGAAUAUAUUUUUUUAUAAAGGAUUUAAGAUAUGCUUAUUUGGUGUUUUUUUAUUAUCAUGAUUUGACUUGGGAGAAUGCAACCUUAUAGCAGUAUUUUGCCUAUUUAUUUGUACUGAUACAGAAGAGCUAAUGUUUUUGCCAAAGACAUUAGUCCAAAAAAAUUUAGUUUACAUUUUCAAUAUAUCUGUAAGUAGAUAAUCUAUAUUUUAAUUAUUUAUACGCAAUUUUGUUUACAAAGAACGGUGGAGAGAGAUAAGAGGGAUGAAAGAUAGUGAUAACAGGGAUCAGAGAUAGAGAUAAGAGGGAUGAAGGAGAGAGAUAAGAGGGAUGAAAGAUAGUGAUGGGCUAAAUGGCAUAUGCUGGACAAGGAUGAUGAUACACAAUUUUCUGUCCAAUGAAAAAAAACAUGCUGAAAAAGCGGUACAUAGCUCACUGCCCCAUGAGCUCAAUGAUAACUCAAUCCAUUUCUUACAAAACAUUUGCAAACAGUUUCUUCUCAAUUAUUUUUUUUAGAUGUACCUUGGCUGAUAUUUCCUGGACUUUCAUUGCUUGGUACCGGUGGAAUAACAUUCUUGAUGACAAACAUGCAGAUCUCUGCACUUUUCCCUAAAUUUGGAUCAUUUAUAGUUGGGUUGUUAUGUGGUGGUUUUGAUUCAUCGUCUGGAAUUCAGUUAAUGGUGAAGGUAAGUAAGCAAAGUCCAAAUUAAAAGCUUCAUUGUGGGAAAUUUGUAGAUCGUUCGUUCUUUAACUUUAUGAACUUUUAUUAUUAAUAUCUGGGGAGAUAAAAAAAAAUUAUCUAGCUCUUAUCAAGAACAUAUUUUACCAACUACUCUUAGAAAUUAAUACAUUUUUCUUUGCAAUAAUUGUGUGUUCUGUUGUAUUUUGGUUUAAUUUUUUUGAUUUUAAGAAAAAUUUAUAAGCUCAGUAAUAUGCAGGUUUAUUGAUACCAAUAUUGACAUGAAGUAAUAUACAACAUAUUACAAGAUUUAAAGUAUAAUGAAGCAACAUAAACUAGGUUAAAAAAAAGACAAAGUAUAAUAAAUCAAAGAGAAACAAAGGAAAUCAUUGCAUAUUUUACUUCAAGUUUAAGCCUUUUUCAGCAAGAAGAAAAUAUAUUAAUCUAUUAAAAUUAUCAUUACAAGUGAGCAAUGAAUACACAAGUAAAGGAAGACGUAAGGAAAAAUGAGUGUUGAAAAUAGUAAGAACUGAGGAGUUUGUGAUCAGGACAACUUAAUGUUAAAAAUCUGUUGUCAAUUUUAAAAUAUUAGAAUGUAGUAGGGUGGACUCAAAUAAAUUCAGCAUCUCCUGAUAUUUUGAUAGCCAGAAACAGGAGAUGCUGGAUAUAUUUGAGACUGCCCUACUACAUUCUGGCACUCAAAAUAUAAGAAAACAUAGCAGAUAUGAUUCUUAUUAGUACUGUUUCAUGUGCACCAUUUAAAAUUUGAGUUAAACAAUCACUUGUAAAAAAUUAAAGUAUAACCUCAUAGGUUCAACUAGAUCAGGCCUGCACAACAUGCGGCCUGUCAGCACCCACUUUGUGGCUCGCGAAGUAAAGAAAUAUAUUUUUUUUCGUAUUAUUUUCUUAAUAGUUUUCCCCUCGUCCUACUUCCUUUUGGCCCGCACAAGUCAUUUCAUAUUAUCUUUUGGCCCGCACGAGUUUUUUCAUAAAGUAUUACAAUAUGUGUUGUGCAGGCCUGAACUAGAUAACUGUUUCAGAGAAUAUUUAUACAGUACUAGAAAAAACUCACCAAAAAAUGGCGGCAGCAAUGCUUGAACUUCCCAUCAUCUAAAGGUGAAUUCCAUGUAAAAGUGGACACAACAUCCAAAUAUUAAAUUGCAUAAAAUUUGAUGCUAUGUAAAUUUAUUUCAUGCAUCUUGGUAUGAAGCAAUUUUUAGUAUCUUUGUUUUUUAUGACACAUGACCUGGUGCCCAUCUUGAAUUAACAACAUGUCUUCACAUUUAAUAGAGAUUUUGCUGAAUUUUAUUUUGUUUACAUCUAAUAAAUAAAGAACAACAAUUGUCAUGGUCAAUGUCACUGGAUUGGCAAUCAUUAAAACACUGCUAUUUAUGUUUAUUUUAAUUAGGCCUUCAUUAUAACUGCUACAGUUAAAUAUUUGUAAUUCUGAAAAAGAAUUGACAUUGUUGAUUGCAUUCAGAUGUAUUAUGUCAGUUACAUUAUUUUGUCUGUAUUUUUUUUUUCAAAUAUGGUUUCUAAGUAUUUUUUAGUAGUUUUCCUCAGAAAAUAAACCUGUAGAUAAUUUGAAAAUCUGCUAUAAUUUGGAUUUCAGAGGAAAUCAACAAAAAAAAUGCUAACUCUAAUAUCUCUUUUUCAUGCUACGUCAGUUAAUAUUCCAAAAUGUAUUAUAUUUACUAUUAUGCUUGAUAUAUAUUUUAAAAUGCUAUUGAUUUACAGUCUUCAAACUUAAGACCCAAAACCAUAUAUAGUUAAAUUUAGCACUCUUAAGGGAUGCAAAUUGAAAUUAUAUUUCUGAAAGUUUCAUCAGUUGGAUGGAACACCUAAAGUUGCUUGUCAAAACAUGCAAUCAAGUAGCGCACAUUAUAAGAAUCCCAAUUAGUGCUAACUUCUGGGAAUUGUAUUUUGCACGCCUAUUGAACACAGUAUUAUAGACACACGCAAGAUUUUUUUCAAAAUUGUUAUAAUUAUCACUUAUUUUGUCAAAUAUCUUCCACACUUCACCAUAGGAUAGGAUAUCAUGAAUAUACACAUAUUGUUUUAAUAUUUUCUUGUACAGUUCGGUUAUGAAAAUGGCAUUAGCAGACAGACCUCCUACAUCAUCUUAGCUUGCACCAACCUGCUUACUUUGAUCAGCACAUUUCUAUUCUUACCCAAAGACUUCAUCCAGAAACCAGCUGUUAGAAACAGGAGAGAUGCUGAUAUUGCUGGAGAUCUAGAUGCAGCAGUUGAAUUGAGGGGUAUGAUUCAAUUUUAAUGAUGUGCUUAUAUUGUGACUGAUGCUGAUUUUUAUGUACACAGUGACUCUUGUUUAAAUUCAAAAGCAUGUAUCCAAUAUUUGUGUAUCUUUAAAUCAUUUUUAAAGCUGAGUCAAGCAGAAGCUUCUUUCACAUUUAAAUAAAUGACACUUUUGCUGCCUAGCAUUGCAAGUUUUUCUGCUGAAAAUUUGCUCAGAGACCAUGAUAUGACCUUUUAUUGGUUUUCAUAUUGAAUUUGUAUGUAUAGAUUAUUCAAUGAACGAUAGGAGAUAGGAUAUUAAGUAUUUUUAUAUAAUAAACAUAAACAACCCCCCCCCCCCCAUAAAUGCAUUAUUAAUCAUUAGCUGUAUUUUAAGUUUAUUUAUGAAUUAAUUUGUUGUAAUGUUAUUUUGAUAAUGUCAAUUCUAUCUACAUUUUUCUAUUGAUAAAAUGUUAGGUACUUGCUUCAGUUUGUUUAAAUGAUGCAUGUUUAGUAGGGCAGGGUUGCAUUGACUAAUCUGGCCAAUAUUCUUCCUAAUAGUCCAAUUCACAGAUUAUUGUUAUAUGAAUCAGCAUUUUUUUAACAGAUAAUUUGGUUAAGCGGGUGUUGGCUAUCAGAAGAUGCUAACCUAAAGUAAAUUUUUUAGUUUUAAUAGAAUCUUGCAUUUUAAAAUAUAAAUUUUAUGUUUGUGCAUACACAGAUGUGUGUAGGUCUAUAAGGCUGCUUUCAUAACACCACCAUCACUCCAUACUUAACAGGUAAAACAUUUAAGGCUAUAUUUUCUUAAAAUAAUAGUGUUAAAUAAUGCAAUACAGAUAAACGCUCUGAUGAACUAACACAGCAGCCUGAGGACAAACGUACAUUGCUGCAGUGUGUACUUUCCAGCAUCUACUUGCUCCAUGUUUUUUGGAUCUGUGUCCUUCAACUCCGCUUCUACUUUCUGAUUGGCUCACUAAACAAGACCCUGGAAAUCUUGCUCCACAAAAAUGGAGAUGAAGGUACAAAACAUUAAAAGUUGUUUUUAAUUUGGUGUUACUUAAAUAUUAUGAAUAAAAACCCCUAUACAACUAUUUUUUUAAGAUGAAAAUGGUAAACCUUGUAAUUCCACUAAAGUAAAAUAUUUUGAAAAUGUUCCUUGCAAACCAACCAAAUAAAUAUGAUUUGCUCAAUCAAUUAAUAUUGAUACAUUUCUUUGCUGUUUUUUUUUUUUUGUUUGUUCCUUAACCAGAAUAGUUACAACCUAAAUUAAAAAUAAAUUUUUCUUGGUUGUAUCACUUUAUAUUUGAAAAUGUUCCUUGCAAACCAACCAAAUAAAUAUGAUUUGCUCAAUCAAUUAAUAUUGAUACAUUUCUUUGCUGUUUUUUUUUUUUUUUGUUUGUUCCUUAACCAGAAUAGUUACAACCUAAAUUAAAAAUAAAUUUAUCUUGGUUGUAUCACUUUAUGGGUCAAUAUUUGAUGUUUAAAGUUAGAAAAAAACAUUAAAAAGCAGUUAGCUAAAUAAAGGUGAUGAUUUUUGAUUUUUUUUAACUUUUAAAAAUUCCUAAUUUCUCAAUAAGAAAAAAAAAUGGUAUGGUGCCAAAAUUAAAUCUUCAGCUCUUAUGAUAUAAAGAUUAAAUAAAAAUUCAAGUUUGUUUUCCCAUAAUUUCACUUCACUGCUUGCCUUUGACAGAGAGUCAUGAAUAGGCAAAUGUUACUAUUAUGGAAAUAUUAACUUGAAAAAUGCCUCCGUCAACAUCAUCAUUUUUAAAAUAUUAAUUUGGGAUAUUUUAGGGGUUAUUCGAAAACAUGACCUUUACAUUCAUUAUUAUGGAAUUCCUAGUUUGGCGUCUUGCAAAUUUUGAUCAUUCUUGAAAGCUACAUUCAUAUGGAAUUCACAACAAUUAAGUGAAAUAUUACAUUUGAAUCUAAUUUAUGAACUGAGAACACAAUUAUUUUCUACAUACCUUAAGUUUGUUGUAAUAUUGAUUAUUUUAUUUUCAUCUCAAUUUUUUUCCCCAGUCAGUCACUACACAAACGUAUCAACAAUUGUACUCAUGUUGGGCAUCAUAACAUCACCUUUUGCUGGAUUUGUGUGUGACUUCCAAAAGCAAUUUUUUGUCAGUAGGUUUUUUUUUUUUUUUAUCUUGCGUUUUAAAUUUUCCCGUUCAAAAUAAGAUUAUUCUUUCUUUUAAAUCUAUAGUCAUUUGACAUUUUAUGUUCAAUAAUUUAAGUCAAACUGUACAAUAUUAUGGAUGUUAGGAGCCAGCAACUUUUACCCCAGUGCACCUAGUUAUUUUGUUUGGUUACUUUCUUGGAAAUAUUGGUUCAAAAUAUUUGCUAUAGAAACCUCGUUUUCAACUUCUUUCUCUUUGUCCUGAAAGUGCUUUUUAAAUACCGGUAUUGUCUUAAAAACUAAGUUUGGCUAUUUGAUAAAGGUUAAUAAAUGUACUGCAUUCAAGCUGUUUGAAGUAAAGAGUAGAACAAGGUAUGUUGAAGCUUGAAUGGAAAGACAGAACAAUAAGAUAAAAACAUUUUGGCAGAGCCUUCCUCAGCAGACAGGACAAAUGAAAAUACAAAGUAUUUAUUUUAUUAUAUUAUAUGUAUCUCCAAAAUAUUUUUGUCCGUUAAGAUCGUAUUUUUUACAGUAAUUAGGGGUGUGCCGGAUCCGUUUUUUUCAACCGGAUCCGGAUCUUCUUAUGCGAAAUCCUCCGGAUUCGGAUCCGGAUUCCGGAAUAAUCCGGAUUCCGGAAUAAUCCGGAUUCCGGUUUCUCCCGGAUUCCGGAUUUUGGUACUAUUGGUAGAUACUUCGGUAAGUCAAGGUAGACUACUACUUUUUGUGUAUGGGAAUUCGCAAUCGGCGCCAAAAAAUCCGAGUUUUUAAUUUUCCGAUGUGUGUGUCUAUUUAUUAUUAAAUUAGUACUUUCGAUAUAUAUUUGAGUUCCGUUCCAUUUGGAUAAGUGUCUUACGAGAGACGCCAUGUUUCUACGCGUUCGCAGCAGGUCAUGCAGCUCGCUCAACCUAAUUUCGCCAUGGGGUUGGCCACGCCCCCCUUUUUAAUGGCGGAAGUUGCCGAUACUUAGGAAAUAUUAAUUUAUUAUCACUAUUUACAUCAAAAUAAUUGAUAACUUGUGUUUCAGAAUGCAUUUAAAGACAUUUAAACUGGAAUGUUUUAAUUUGAGCUUUAACAACCCGGUAGAAUCCAUAUUAUAAAUGAUCAGAAUUUACCGUGUGCAACACGUUGUCAUUGGCAACCAUUCACAGCCACUUGCAUAACUGUAUCGUAGUACUACCUCAGAGUUUCAUUCAUAAGAGUUUGCCGUGUGCAAAAACUAUUAAACCAUUGGUCAGGGAAAGCUUUAAUUAAUUAUUCAUGUGCCAAAGUUGAAAGUUUAAACUAAGUCUAAACAGUAUUUUAGUGAUAAGGCAGGGAAUGCGUUGCCUUAUAUAAACUAUAUAGUCAUUGCACAUGACGGGAUUGGCGGAAUGAGAUCACAGAAUGUGGAGAUGCAGUCCAUGUUAAAAAAUGACAAACCAAGUCGUACUUUAAAAAUUCAUAACUUUAAAACUACAACAGCUAAAAAUAUGAUUUUGGUGUUAUAAUUCUUAAAAAAAUUACCUCUUUUCAACUAUGCCAUUGGUUUAUUUUUACAAAAAGUUUAAAUUUUCUUAUCAAAGUCCCUACACUAUUGGCCACUAUUAGCGGUGCUGACUCUAGCCUCUGGUAUGUUCGGAAUAUUAAACAUUAAACAAGCUCAACGCUCGAAACAAUCGAUUAAUGUAUCGUGAUCGUGUGGAAUUCGGGAUAGAGAAUUACUUUUAUUUCAGGUUAUGAUCCGGUGAGUCACAAAAUCUGGCAAAUUCCGAAAUCGGGUUUAUUCCGGAUUCCGGUUGUUCCGGAUACAUGUAAAUCCGGCGGAACCGGAUUUCACCGGAUAGUGCAAAAUCCGGCGGAACCGGAUUCCGGCACACCCCUAACAGUAAUAAUAUAUAAUUUAUAUUUCUUUUACUUCCUGUGAUGUUGGUUUUUGAAAAUCCAACUUCCAGCAAUAACAAUGGCGAUCACUUAAGUUUUUAACUAAUUUCUAUUUCUUGUCAUAUUUUAUUUUGUCCUAUCUGCUAAGGAAGUCUCUUAGCCGAAACGUUCUUAUCUUAAUGUCCUGUCUUUCAAUUCAAGCUUCAACAUUACCUAUGGAUUACUGUUUUCUGCCCACAAAUUAUAUCUAUCAAAAUGAAAUAUGAUUUAAAAAUUUUUUAGAUAGCAAAUCACCUUUACGAAAGGUCCUGAUGCCAACGGUCAUCCCUCUUACGCUGACCACCACACUGUGCAUCAUCCUGUCUAGCCUUAUCCUCUUUGAAGAGCCAACACUGUUGUAUGCUGUCUAUGUGUGCCUGCUUUUCUUCAGAUCCUUCAUGUACACCAUUGGUGCUGGGUACAUCAGUGCCUUGUGAGUUAUCUUUCCUUUAACUUUUGCCUAAGAAAGUAAUGUUUUGUAUAACUUAAUUAAAUUUAUAAGAGCUGUCAUUUAGCUUGACUCCAUUUAAAUUUUGUGGUUAACAAGAUGCUUUUCUCUUUUAUACCUCAUAGAUUCCCUAGUUCAUAUUUUGCUAUUCUCUAUGGCAUUUUGAUCUUAGCCGGAGGUGUUGUUAGCAUGUUUCAAUAUGUCUUCUUUAAUUGGGCUGACAGUCAAGGAUUUUUCCAGGUAAGCAUUUUGUUUUAAGUAUAUGUCUGAUUGUGUUUUAAAUGGCAUCUUUUUGUAAUUUUAAGUUAUACUAGGAAGUGGCAUACCGUUUAUACCAAUUCAGAUUAUAAUUUAACUCAAAUUGAAUAUAAAAAAAGCUUCUUUAUAAAAAAAUCAUACAAGUUCCAAUUCCGUUUAAUGUCUUCUUAAUAAAAAAUGAAGUGCUAAAAAAAUAUAUAUAAAUUAUUUUUUUUAGGCACACUUUCACUUAUUAAUGACAAGAAUCAACUAAUGUACAUUUCUAUCUGUAGGUGAACCUGUUCCUGUUGUUUCUUAUGUUCUCUACAUACGUUCACCCAAUCUAUCAAUGGUGGUCUUGCAGACAGGCUGAAAACACUAUUCUUUUAAUGGAUCCCAUCUAGUCAUUUUUUAAAAAAGAUGUCUCAUACCCAGC